GCAUAAAAAGACACUGCUUAGCUGACCACACUGCAGGAAGUACAAUCCAACAAAGGUUUAGGAGAUCCAUUCAAAGAGUCUGAACAACCUUGAAAACAAAGAAAAGUUCAAAUAAAGAAACAGAGAGGGAGAAAAUGGAGGAAGGUGGUAUUCGAGGCCAUGUGCCACAGACUAUUGUGUCUAUGCUGAAAAUCAAGACUGAAUGUAUUCGUGUGUUCCUGGCAGAGACCCUCUGCACGUACAGCAUGAUGGUAUUUGGUCUUGGGUCUGUAGCACAAGUGGUCACGGGAGAUGGUAUAUUCGGAGAGUAUCUCAGCAUAAACAUAGGCUUUGCACUAGGUGUGGCUAUGGGCAUGCACGUUGGUGGAAAGGUGUCAGGUGCUCAUAUGAACGCAGCCGUUUCUUUCACGAUGUCUGUGUUUGGCCGUUUGCGCUGGAAGAUGCUUCCCCUCUAUGUUUUCGCUCAGUUUCUGGGUUCCUUCUUGGCUGCGGGGACCGUGUUUGUCAUUUACAAUGAUGCUAUUUAUCAUUACUGUGGUGGCAAUUUCACUGUGUCUGGUCCCAAAGCAACAGCUGGAAUUUUUGCAACAUAUCCGGCUCCUUACCUCUCAAUCUACACCGGAUUCCUUGACCAGGUUCUGGGAACUGCCAUGCUGUUGCUAUGUCUAAUGGCUCUGGCUGACCUGAAAAACAAGCCGGUGAUACCGGGAGGGGAACCUGUUGGUGUGGGUCUUCUGGUGCUUCUCAUUGGGAUCUCGCUGGGGAGCAACAGUGGCUAUGCCAUCAAUCCCACACGAGACCUGGGACCAAGAGUCUUUACACUGAUGGCAGGUUGGGGCCUUGAGGUUUUCAGGGCAGGCAAUGGCUGGUGGUGGGUACCUGUGGUGGCACCUUUAUUCGGAGGAGUGCUCGGGGCUUUAAUCUACACAGCAUUUGUAGAGCUACACCACCCCGAUCACAGUAGCACAGAGGCGUUGUCUACAGAUGAUCCUGCAUGUGUUCCUCUGGAAAAAUACAACAACGGGAGUACAGAGAUAUGUAUAUGAGAAUUUCACUCUGAGACCGGAUAAGUUUAGUAUUGGGACCAUUAAAAUGAAGGUUUCCAGGCAUAUCAUGAGAAACAGAUAUUUGGCGAGGCCAAGUUUCUCAGUGAAUGUAAAUCUGGGGUGUAUGUUUUUAUGGAGCUAUAAAGGAAUAAGCUAUUGAAAAACUAGGACUCCAGACUGCCAAAAGUCUGAUUUUUUUUAAUAAAUAUCAAGCGUACAACACUUCAGUCAACAUGUUCGUAUGCAUAUCUCAUAGGCUUUUGGCAGUGUGAUGAAGUCAUCGUUUAUUCACUCCGUGUCUUCCCGAAACCCCCUGGCCUUUAGUUGUGGCUGAAACCUGUGCUUGUUUCUUUUUGGGGGUGGGUGGUUUGGUUUUGCCAUUGAACGCCUUGGCCGGGUCCAGUUUGUUCAGUACAGAAUCAUUGGUUGCAUCUGGAUGGGCGUCUACGUGGAACGUAAGGGGUUGGUAGAGGGCGGCCCACUGCUGUAUAAAAAGAUCAGCAGAGUCAUUGUUCAAUGACAUCUAGUUUGGUAUGUAUUUUAUUCACUUGUUGAUUAAAAUCAGAUGCUGUUAUUAUUAGAUGCAGGCAAUUAAAUGUGUUUUAACAGGUCACUUAAAGCACCGCGGAGAAAGAAAUGGGGACUCAAAUUGAUCCAUUGGGAAUUAAGUGGAUUGUAGGAAGUGGGUGUUUUUUACCAUAAUGGAAUAAGAAUUGAAUAAUAAGUAAGCUUGGUGAUAUCAUCAGUAACAUGUAUAGGUCAUAAACAAUAAGAAAAGAAAUGUAUAUGAGGACAGUAACUCAAUUCAUGUUCACUUUAGGUAAAAAAAAAAGGAUGUUGCAUAUUGCUUGUGUUAUUUUCUUAUAUAUUAAAAAGCCAUAUUUUGCAAAUACAUCA